UAUUUCAUCAAAAUACAUACGUUACUGAGAAUUCGUAGCGUUUGCUUAGUGCGCAUGCACGACUUUAUUUCCACACGGGCAUAACCACAUGGCGACAAGUAUUGAAAACAUGGUUAAGAUACGUAAUUUUUUCGAGCAGCAGAUAUAAAGCAUUAAAAAAAUGAAGGAGCUUUCUAAGUUGAGCGAGGCAAAAUACAAUGAGAAUGAUCCUUCUGAUGAAGAAGUAGAAGAAGUACAGCUAAAUGAUCAUAAGAUUGAAUCUCCAGUAAUGAAUGGAAAGAAGAAGAGAAAAAAAGUGACGGAUGAAUUAACUGAAGCAGUAAUUAAAAAGAAAAAAUUUAAAAAUGAUCUUUAUAAGCAGCCAACGGUUGAAGAACUUAAUCAGCUUAGAGAAACUGAGAAUUUAUUUCAUUCCAAUUUAUUUCGGCUUCAAAUUGAAGAGGUUCUCAGUGAAGUAAAGCUUAAAACUAAAUAUAAAGCGUUAUUUGAAAUUUGGUUUAAAAAAUUGAAAGCAACAAUUGAAUCUAUUGAAGAGACUGAAGAAAUUCCACUUGUAAAUAAUAAUUUGAGUGAUAAAUUAAGUGUUUUUAUUCCUGUACCACAUGUACCGGAAGAUACUAGAGGCGUUUUUAAGUUUCUAAAACCAUCCAACAUUAGUGUGAUUGGAUCUUAUAAUUCAGGAUGUAUUUUCGGGCCUACUGUUACUGUGGAUGUAAUGGUAGAAAUGCCAGUUGGCUUAUUCCGAAAACAAGAUUAUCAAAAUUAUAUAUAUUUUAGAAAGAAAGCAACAUAUCUAGCGUUUAUAACAUCAAUUAUAGGGAGUGAUCUUGCAGAGAGCAAAAAUUUCAUCGGUGACAAUUUAAGACCUUCCUUAAAACUUCGACCUAGUGGAAAAUUGAACAAGAAGGUAGAUGUAGUGCUACAUGUAUCAGUACAGGAAUCUAGCUUCAAAUUAAAUAGAUUUUUACCAGAAAAAAAUAAUGUUAGACCAGCAUGGUAUUUUGAGAAGUCUUUGGAGGAUGCAUCUCUAUUACCCACUCCGCACUAUAAUUCUCUAGUACUGCAUGAUUUAAUAAUGUCAAGCAUAAAUUCCAAAGUUGCGCAAGUAAUAAAAGAGUAUCCCAAUUUGAGGGAUGGUAUAAUCUUGCUGAAAAUAUGGCUACACCAACGCGAAUUAAAUAAAGGAUAUGAUGGCUUUACUGGCCACAUUAUUACAAUGUUUGUAAUUUAUCUUCUGCGCAUAAGAAAACUUAAUACAUUUAUGAGUAGUUAUCAGAUUGUACGGAACGUCUGGAUUGGCUUAGCACAAGGAAAUUGGUGCAAGGAUGGAAUUACUAUGUGCGAGGACAAAGACGAUCAGAAACAAGUCUCUCACUAUCACAACUAUUAUGAUUGUGUAUUUCUUGAUAGUACUGGCUAUCACAAUUUUGCAGCAAAUCUAUCAAAGGAUACUUUUUCGUGGGUGCAAAGAGAAGCAGAGCUUUGUUUAAAUCAUUUGGAUAAUAUACAUGUGGACAGUUUUCAAGCACUUUUUAUGCGAAGUGUACCAUUUCAUAAAGCAUUUGAUCAAAUCUUAUGUUUGCAGGACAAGAUACUUUCAGAAAAAAUCCUUGAAUUAUCAAAUAUUGAUGACAAAAUCAAUUAUGGACCUGAUAAACGUAGUCGGGUGAUUAAGUUACUUGUUGACGUUUUAAAGAAAGGUUUGGGACAUAGAAUUAAUCGAUUGUGCAUAUUACCCAGUGUACCUAAGGAAUGGGAAUGUACUCAAAAUAUCCCGGACGAUACUGGAAAGCUUAGUAUUGGAUUAGAAUUAAACCCUGAAUUUUGUUUUGGUAUCGUGGACAAAGGACCUGAAGCAAAUUUACCAGAAGCAGCUGACUUUAGAGAUUUUUGGGGCUACAAGUCUGAAUUACGUAGAUUUAAAGAUAGUUCCAUUCGUGAGGCUGUCGUUUGGUCAAAAGGCAAAUCUAUUGCGCAAAAGAGAUUAAUAUGCAAAAAGAUAGUAACAUUCUUGCUAAAAACAAAGUUUAAUAUCUUCAAAGAUCAAUUUUUGUAUAUCGCGGAUCAAAUGGAAGAUUUACUGAAGUUACACAAGUACAAAAUAACACAUUUUGUAUACGGCACUGGUGAAGAAGCUACAUUGAAAGCUCUACAAGCUUUUAAUGUCUUGGAGAAAAAUUUGAUGUUGCUGAAUGAUAUGCCUCUGACGAUUAACGGUGUUCAAGGCUCUAGUCCAGUUUUCCGAUACACAGAAGUUUUUCCACCGCUUGCUACUGUUCAUCGGAGCAUUGCCGGUAUCACCGAGGAGAAGAAAAAUUGUUUAAUUCUUUCGAAAAAAAUCACAAAAUGUCCUGCAUAUGUUCAUGCGCUCGACGUGACGUUACAAUUAUCGAUCAGUGGAAAGUGGCCCGAGGAAUUGGAAGCAUUUAGAAAAACGAAAGCAGCAUUUCAUAUACAAAUCGCGGAAUGUCUUAGAAAGCAGUAUCAACUAAAAGCACAGGCCAAUCCCUCUUAUAUCGAUGUGUAUCAGGAUGGAUUCGUUUUCCGAUUAAGAGUGGCGCAUCAAAAGGAAAUCGCUUUAUUAAAACAAAUCAAAGAAGAUGGAGUAAUUAAAUACAAAGACAAUGAAAAAUCUAUCAAGUUGGAAAAUAAAUUAUUCCAUUUACCAAAGUUAAGCAGUGCUUUGCACGGAUUGCAUUCUCAACAACCGUCAUUCGGUCCUGCUUGCCGUUUAGCAAAACGGUGGUUAUCAGCACAAUUGUUAGAUGAUACUCACGUACCGGAAGUUGUAGUCGAAUUGCUUAUGGCAUCGAUAUAUCUAAUGCCAGAACCUUAUAAAUCAGCUCAGAUGCCACAAGUGGCAUUUUUACGAUUUCUAGAAGUUGUUUCAAGAUCUCAUUGGAAUACUGAUCCUGUCAUCAUUAAUUUCAAUGGUGAAAUGACCAAUGAAGAAAUCUCCGCCGUAGAAACAUUAUUUAAUACAACUCGUGCUUCGUUACCAGCCUUAUUCAUAUCUACCCCUUAUGAUCAACAGAAAUCCUUGUGGACAAGGAGAGCACCAUCUCAGUUGAUUUUAAAUCGUAUGAGUGCACUCGCGAAGGAAUCAUUAAGAUUAUUUGACAAUCUGUUGUUCGAUAAUAUGGAUAUAAAACCUAUAUUUCGUCCUUCACUACAAGAAUAUGACUGUUUGUUAUAUCUGAAGUCAAAUAUGAACCCUAGAAAACUACAGGCGGUCGAUGUAUCUAAUAAUGUGGAAAUCGUUGAUCUGCAUCCGUAUAAAGCGCAUUCACUUCAAAAAAUUCCAGUCACAGACUUUGAUCCUGUGCAAUGUUUCCUGAAAGAUCUAAGAGAUGGUUACGAUGAUUAUGCCUUAUUUUUCCAUGACACUUAUGGUGGUACAGUGAUUGGGGUUCUAUUGAAACCCGCUGUUUUCGAGCGCAAGGAUUUUAAAGUGGCAGAUGUUAAUUGUAGGAAACUCGACAGCGAUGGUAAACUUGUUUUGAAUAUAUCGGCAAUGAUCGAAGACUUUUAUGUUUUGGGAAGAGGUAUUAUACGUGCGAUCAAUGUUCCAAACAAAAGAUUAUCAUCGAUGAUGUCACAAUCGACUACAUAGGUACAUUUAAAACUCGAAACUUUUCCUUCAAUUCAGGAUUGGUUAAACGACAUUACACGAUUAAAAAUGUGCUGUUGAAAUAUCCUCAUUAAUUUUAUUACAUAUUUUCUAAAAAAUACAAUAUGAUCAUUUCUACUGUAAAUGACGAAUUAAAAUGAUAGAUAAUAAAUAAAAUCAACAAUAUAAAUCAAU